CUGACGUGUCGGCUUAUGUAUAUGUGUGUGUGUACGCGUGUGUAUGUGUUUUCUGCCGCACGCUCAGGCAGGGUUUUCUAACCUAACGCGGCAGAAUGACGAGUUCACGUUUUAAUCUUUUUCUCUUGUUUAUCUGCACAUGUUGUUGGGGAACCUGGUCAGACCGGCGGUUCUCUGACUUUAAGCGAUGCGCCGAUGAGGAAUGUAGCAUGCUUCUGUGUCGAGGGAAAGCCUCGUUGGAUUUCACCGGUCCAGACUGCCGUUUUCUGUCCUUUAAAAAAGGAGAGACGAUAUACGUGUACUAUAAACUCUCAGGACAGAGGUCAGAUGUCUGGGCUGGAAGCGUUGGUAACAGCUUCGGCUAUUUCCCAAAGGAACUUCUGAAAAUAAAUCAUGUAUAUACAGAUAAAGAAAUAGAAGUACCUGCUGAGGAAACAGACUUUGUCUGCUUUGACACUGGACGGGAUAAAUUUGAAAGCUAUGACAUUGAUGUACUGUUAGGAAACUCAUUCUCUAACGAGGUUGAUGAACCGAGUAAGAAAACAGGAGAACGAGCUCCCAGUGAGGAUACAGCUGAAGAUAGAGAAAGAGAAGACACUAGCAAGGACAUUAUAGAUUCUGAGUCCAUGAUUACAGAAGAUGAAGAUGAACACACAGUUGAAAAAGGUGAUGUUCGAGAUCCUGGAGCUGCUCAGCUGCCACUGGAAACAACAUCUUCUAAUGUAAAGGAUAAAGAUGAUUACGAUGUUAAAAAGAGUUCUGAUGCUGAUUCUGAUCAGGAGCAAGCCAGAGACAAGGGCAUGCCAGAUAAACCUUCGUCUAAGGAUGCUGGAGUUUUAGAGAAAAGUGUCUAUACGACACCUGUAGAAGCCUUUUCCAAAUUAAAAACAACUUUAGGGACAACCUUCGAUGCUGUUACCUCUGAUGAUGAAAAAACACAAAAAGUAAGCCCCUAUGAGGAUGAGGAUGAAGAUCAGCACAGUGACUCAGUCAAGCCACCAGCUGAAUUAGAAGAGGAGGUUGUAAAAAAGCCUGCACUGCUUACUUUUGAAGAGACAAAUGUUCCUGAUGCAACCGAGUCAGCUAUUAAGCAAGAAGGACUGGCUCUCAGUGAGGAUGCUGCUAAAAAUGGAGAGAGAGAAUACACUCAAAGGAAGAUAGUUCAUUCAGAUUCAUCGCAUACAGAACAAGAAACUGAAGCUGCUGAAGAUCAUGGAACAGCUCAGGUGCUACUAGAAGCAACAUCUUCGUAUGUAAAGGAUGAAGAUGGUUACGAUGUUAAAAAGAGUCCUGACGUUGCGGCUGAUUCUAAUCAGGAGCAAGCAAUAGACAAGGACACAUCAAAUAAACCUUCAUCUAAGGAUGCUGAAGCUUUACAGAGGAGUGACCAUACGACACGUGUAGAAGCCUUUUCCAGUUUAAAAACGACUUUAGGGACAACUUUCGAUGCUGUUACUUCGGAUGAUGAAGUCACACGAAAAGUAAGCCCUGACCCUGAUGAAGAUCAGAGCAGAGACCCUGAUGAAGAUCGGAGCAGAGACCCUGAGGAAGAUCGGAGCAGAGACCCUGAUGAAGAUCGGAGCAGAGACCCUGAUGAAGAUCGGAGCAGAGACCCUGAUGAAGAUCGGAGCAGAGACCCUGAUGAAGAUCGGAGCAGAGACCCUGAUGAAGAUCGGAGCAGAGACCCUGAUGAAGAUCGGAGCAGUGACCCUGAUGAAGAUCGGAGCAGUGACCCUGAUGAAGAUCGGAGCAGUGACCCUGAUGAAGAUCGGAGCAGUGACCCUGAUGAAGAUCGGAGCAGUGACCCUGAUGAAGAUCGGACCAGUGACCCUGAUGAAGAUCGGACCAGUGACCCUGAUGAAGAUCGGACCAGUGACCCUGAUGAAGAUCGGACCAGUGACCCUGAUGAAGAUCGGACCAGUGACCCAGAAGUUAAGGAGCCAGUCGAGUUAGAAGAGCAAAGUCUGAAAGAGCCUUCACUGCUUACUUUUGAAGAGACAUCCAAGUCAGAAGAUAAACUUGGUCCACAUCAGCCCUCUCCUUCAGUUAAGGCAAAGAAGGAUGAUGGCAUGUGGUCUACUCUCGGGGACACGGUUUUUAAAAUUGUAAGUGGAGGUGAGAGGAUGAAUUUCCCUGAAGAUGAUAUUGAAGAUGAUGAUGAGGAAGAGGAGGAGGAAGAGGAGGAGGCAGCGGUGGUAGCUGAUGCUCACUCUAAAACCGAUGAAAAAGGUUCAGAUGAACUUCAGACUAUUUCAGUUCCUGACUCAGGAACAAGUAAAGUACAGAAUGAAAAACGCUCUAUUAAUGACUUUGUAAUAAAUUCUUUAGAUGACAAUACAUAUUCUAAAACAGAGAAACAAAACACUAUAUUAAAAUCUAAAGAAUUAGAAGAGAUUCAGGACAAGUCUGUAGAUCCGGAUGACAUCUUUAUUGAACCUGAAUCUGACUCCCUGACAUCAGAGUUGGAAAAUGAAAAUCUGGUGUUAGAGAUUCCGGUGGAAAAACAUCUCUCAAAAUCGAUCCAAAGUGGUAUACAGUCAGGCGAACGCAAACCAGAGGCCUUUGUGAAGGAAAGUGCUGAUGUUGUAACUGAGCUUAAUGAGCAGCCUGAUGAGCAAAUCAACGCAGUUAAAAAAGACAUCAUAGGUUUAUUUGAAAAUACGCUGAAAAGAGAACAGCGUGAACUUGACAUUGGUGGGGAUGAUGAGGAGGACGUGGAAAAUGAAAUUGAGGAGCUGUUAGAGGAUGAAAAUGCGCUGUUGUCUACUGAUAAAGCUGAGGAGACAGAAGACACCAUUGCAGACACUGAACUUAAGCAGAAUAAGAACACAUCAGAAGAGAUAACCCAUGAUGGUCUGGAAACGUUGCAGGACGUCUCAGUCUUAUCACAUGUUCAUGAAAAUGUUAAAAAGCCUGUUAACACUAAUGGUGCAGAUGAUAUUCAAAAGGCUUCUGCUCCGAGUAGCGAGCCUGAGUACAGCGACAGCGUGAUGCGCCUCACACUUUUAAGAGACCACUUCAAAGAUAAGGAAAUUGAACGCAUCUUGCGUCACCUUAGCCUUAAAGACCUUUACAAAAUUGAAGCAAUGUUUACUGACUUGGAUGAUGAGCUGAAGUCUACCAGGCAGUCUCAUUUUCAGAAUAGCGAGGACCUGGAGAUCACUCUGGAGAACAUCCUAGAGGUUUCAGGAAACCUCAUACUUGAUGAGAUUGACAAGAUACAGGAUGCUCGGGAGCAGAGAGCGCUUAAGCUUGGACAGCAGCUCGACCAGGUCUUUAUUGAUGAGCAAGAUGCCAUUUUAGAUGACUUUCAAGAAUUUGUUUUUCAUCUGCAUCAGAAAUACAGCGAGAGAGUCCCAUUGUCGAAGGAAAACCUGUCUGUCUUCGAAACUGCAGAGAAUGUGUCUGAAGACGUGGAAAGUCCAAUAGAACCCAUCCCAGAACCCAAGACAGAAGUAAAAGAAAUGCCAGAGGUUCCUCAAGAAGCCAGUGAACUGUUCAGUGUAAAUGAGCAGGAAGAUGAGUCCAACAGCAAGGAUGUUGGUCCUGGGGAAGACUCUGGUCAUUUUAAUAAAAAUGAAGAUGUUCAAGCAGCUUUUCAAGAAAAAGCAGAGAUUCAGAGAGGACCACAAGCUAUCUUGGAUAAUCCUUUGGACAUAUCAGGAUUUGAGAUUGAUCCCUCUUCAGAUUCAUUAGACUCUUCAAGGGCAUCUGAUUUCUCUGACAAUAACGCAAACUACGAACAAGCAAGCACAUCGACCUUGAACGAUGCUUUGGACUUCUUUCUUUUUGCAUCUGAAUACCUUGGAGUGUAUGCAGGAAUUCUGAUGGCUGCUCUCCCUGAGGAAUGGCAGCCCGGGCCGACGUUCCAUGGCCUUCCCUGGAAGCCUGUGGUUGCUACAGCUGUGGUGGGAGUUCUUACAGUGCUGGUGUUCAUGUGGAGGACUGUUCUGGCUGUCAAGAACAAGACAUAUCUCUUAACCGAAAAGCAACUUGCGGCGAGGAUCCAGCAGCUUUUGAGUGAGAAGUCUGACGUCCUCCACAGAGUCACUGAACUGAACAAUGCGAUUAAGGAACAUGAGGAAAAGCUAAAUAAUUCUGAAGACUCACGCUGUUCUCUACAAAAGCAGUUUAAUGAACUCGAGACACAUUACAAAGAUCUCAACAGCCAGAAGGAGAAGCUGUCUGGUAAUUUUGCCCAACUUUACGAGAAAAUUGCAAAGACAAAAGAAGAGAACAAAACCUUAAAUGAGAAGAUAUCCAUAAUGCAUCAGGGAAUUCAAAAGUAUGAGAAAAUCCUAAAACUGCAUGAUGAGGAACGCACAAAGAUUCAGGUACUCAUGGAUGAAGCGAAAUUCAGAGAAGAUGCCUUGAAAGCUCAGGUGUUGUCAUUUGAAAAGGACAAUUGUGCCUUAAAAGAACAGAAAAAAUCACUAUUACGAGAUGCCAAGGACUGGCAGGAGAAGCAUGAAAAACUGAGCGAGGAAAUCAAAGUUUACCAAAAAACCCAAACCGAGCUGGAGAAGGCACUUGUGCACAAAGAGAAUGAAAUGGAUGUUUUGACUGAAUGCAUUGCUGAACUGAAGAGCCUCGAGUCUCAUAACGAUACAGAGCUAGAAAACGACAAGAACGGAGAUCCACUGAAGUUGCACCUCAAACAGAUGAUGGAUGUCUCACGGAUCAAAGCUACUCUUUCAGUCAUUGAGGAGGAGAGGAAUCGCUGGUUUGAAAACUUCAUGACUGAACAGAAAGCAAGACAGGAACUUGAAGAGCAAUUUCAGAAAGUCAUCCAUGACCAAACAAAUCUAAAUAAUGAGAAAACCCAGCUGGAGAACCAGUACAAGAACCUACAGCAGAGACUAGAAAUUACAACCGAAUUGUACCACCAGAAAGAAAAUAUCCUGCACCAGAAGUUGACUCAGGAAGAGCUGGAGCGUCACGAAAAGGAAACAAAGCUGUCGGAGGUGGACGGCCGAGCCAUGCAAGCCGAAGAAGAGCUCAGACAUCUCAGGCAGAAAGUGAAGGACAUGCAGGAGGAAAUGCAGCAGAAUGAGCGAACACUCAAAGGCGAGAUCGCUGUUCAGGAAAAGAAAGCCCAUGAGAACUGGUUAAAAGCCAGAGCUUCUGAACGAGCAUUGAUAGAAGAGAAGAGAGAAUGUGCUAACCUGCGUCAGAAGAUCGUUGAGUGUAGUGACAAAAUGUCCGAUUUAGAGCGUUCUCUGUACAGGUCAGGUCCUGCAGACCGCCACAUGCCUCAUCAGCAGAGAGGGGAUUCAUACGGGCCUUCCCCUGUGAGUGGUGGUGCUCCUUCUCCUCCUUUAAUGAUGGAAGAUCCUGGACGUCCUCCAUCCGGUCCUGUUGGACGAAGGAGUGAGCCUUUUGGGCCACGACUUCUUCUGGAUGGCCACAGCCGUUCUGCUGACCUCGGACAUCCUCUGCCAUUUCGGCCAGAACUGUCUGCCCCUCGCACCUCAUCACCGUGCACACAGGACGGACCUCCAAUAGAUACAAUGGCUGAGGUCACAAUGCAGACCUCCACUGAUCCUACAGAGGCAAUGUCCAAGUCUCAGAGACAGGGAUCAUUUCUCCCAUCUCCUAUCAGAGACUCUCCUGUCCCAGCUCCAAACCCUCAUCAAAAGGUUUAUGGCCCCCAGCCCAUGGGCGGACCACUUCCUUUACUGAAUGGACCACUUCCCCCAGCGAUCCGACCACCUAAUGGUCAUUCACCCAUGAUGCCUCCGUUUGGACCUGAUACCGGUUUCAGGCCUCCCCACAUGGACUCCUACAGACCUCCUUUCCCCUUGCGCCCGCCAUUUGGACCCAUCCCUCCACGCUUCGCGCAUGGGCCACCUCUGAGAGACUUCCCAUCCAUGAAUCCACAUCCACCAGCACAUGGCAUACCUGACUUCCCACCCAACUAUUCCGGGCCCCAAGACUUGCCUUUCCCACACCGGCCCUUCCCUUCUGGGCCAUUGCCCCCCCCUGGUGCCAUGGUUCCACCCUCAUCUGGUGCCUACGGACCAGCUCCACCUGCACCUCAGCAGCCUAGGGACGGGCAAAAGAUGCUACAUGCAACAGAUGUACCACCUGAGCAGAGGGCUGCACAGGAUGCUCCUGCACCUGCAGUAACACAAUCAUGAACAAUGAAUAAUCUUAAAACAGUAAAUCAGCCCUUCACGCUUAGUUCAGGACUUUGAUGUCAUUAUUUUCUUACGAUUAACAUUUCAAAAUGCAUAAAUAUUACUUUUUUAACUAAAAAAAAAACGUUUCUCCACAGAUAUUUCAGACUCUUGCAAAGGAAUCUUAGAUGGAACGUUAUUUUGUAGGUCUCCCAUGUGUGAAAACAGAUUUGGUUGCUGCUGUUGAGUCAAUGACCACUACUUAACCCAUACAGAUGUUUUUUAUUGAAUUGUGAGAUUUUAGAGACUCAGAUGUUGUGUGCUUGGACUUAAGUUAAGAGAGAGUAGAGUAUUGUAUUUGUUUAUUCAAAGGAUUAAGACCUCAGGCAGUUUUACCCCAAACGCUUUGCUUUUGCUGUGUGCUCUUUUUUUUUUCUCUCUCUCUUUGCAGAGAAACGCAUGAAAAAUUACCCUAAUAGAUUGAAAUUGAAAUUCAUUCAGCAGUUAAAUCAUCACAUUUUGCUCAUCACCAGUCCUUUAUUUAGUGUUUUUAUGAUUUUUUUUUCUUUUCCUAGUGAAAAGAACCACUUGCUGUCAUAUUGACAAACUAUUUGUGUGUUUCCCUUCGUCUGUGAUUAAAACACAAUAAAAUUGUCAUGAAUUCAA